AUGCAGAUCCCCAUGGAUUUCGGUGACUGCAUCAUAGAGCAGAAGCAAGAACUCCUCAGACUCCUCGAGGAGCAGCAUGAUGUGUUCACUGCCGCGAUUGAGCAGGCUUUCCACGAGGUGCAAAGCCACCCAGGCGCAUCAUCUCCUUCGCUGAAACCCGGCAUUUUCGAGGUCGCACCUACGGGCAAGCCAACACUGCCCGAAACGGUGGAUCCGUGCCCUUCUGCGGCCGACCCUGCUGGCAUGACCGACGCAACAUCUCCGUCUGAAUCUGCUUCCGCUCUUUCGGAUGAUGCAGGAAUGAAUACUACGAUCACCUCAUCUGCAGUAAGUCCAGAGCCCUCGGCUCCACUCCCGGCGCCAGAAUUGAGCCAGCCGAACUGGGAGGAGCCAAAGCGCCGCACGUCCCAGAGGUCGCAGAAAAGCUGGAAGUCGAAAGUGCCCACCAUGAACCUACUACUGGCAGAGUCAAGAAACCGAGAGCAGUGGGAUGCCAUGAUGCAGCAGGUCCAGAAGUACAUCGACUACGUCGCGGGUUUCCUUGUCCUGGUAAACUCCUUCGUGCUGAUGUUGCAGCUCGAGCUUGAGGGCAGGGCUGCCGCCGAGUCUUUGGGCCUCCCCGAGGGACAGCGUUUCGAUGAUAUCCUUCCGGCCUUCCGAACAGUGGACACAGCUUUCGUUUUUAUCUUCACGCUGGAGCUUCUCUUGCGUGUGGCAGUGGAGAGGACGAAGGUCUUCCAUGACCUGGCCAACUGGCUGGACAUCGUUUUGGUUGCAGGUGGCUUGGUGGAUAUUUUUCUGAGCCCGCCGUGGAACAAUGCCAGCCAACAGGAUGCCGUGACGUUGCGCUUUGUGACAGCUCUAAAGGCCUUCAGGGCCAUCCGCAUGGUGCGGUCCUUUCGAUUCUUCCGCGGCUUGCGGAUGCUCGUCAAGGCCUGCCAGUGCUGCCUGCCCUCGCUCUGCUGGUCCAUGGUGCUCCUGGCUGUCUUCAUGUGUAUGGGUGCCCUAAUCUUGGGAAACUUGCUGCAGGAUUUUAUCAAGGACGAAACCCAGAGCCUCGAGGAUAGAAUAUGGGUGUGGACUCAUUAUGGCACUGCGUACAGAGCUACAUACACCUUGUACGAAGUCACUUUCGCAGGGAACUGGCCCACAAAUGCACGUCCAGUGCUGGAGAGGGUCAGCCACGCCUUCGUGAUAUUCUACCUGCUCUACAUCACAAUUAUAGUCUUCGCCGUAAUCCGUGUAAUAUCCGCCAUAUUCUUGAAGGAUACGUUAGACGAGGCACACAACGAUGCACAGCAUCUUGUUCUGGAUCGGAUCCGGAAAAAAGCCGAGUACGUCGAGCGCCUGGAGGGCGUGUUCAAGACACUCGAUGUUACUGGCCGUGGCACCCUCUCCGAGCAGGUCCUGAACCACAUGCUCGCGAAUCCGAAGGUGAAAGCCUACUUUCAGACUCUUGAGGUAGACGUGCAAGAAGGGACGGCUCUUUUUCACCUCCUUGACAACGGAGAUGGUGAAGUUACGCUCGACGAGUUUAUCGAUGGAAUUAUGCGGUGCAAAGGCCCCGCUCGUGCCAUCGACACGGUCGCCCUGCAGUCUGAUGUGAAGCAGUUAGACAACAAGGUGACGAAGCUCAUCAGGCAGAUGAAGGAUUCCAAGCUCAUCCGAUCGAAGUCACAGGCCGAAGGCUCGAAGAACCGCGCCAACCUCAAGGUCUUCCGCAUCGAUCAGUCCGAGGUCAAGUUUGCACCGGCCGCCAACAAUUCGUGA